AGAAGAAAUUGGAGGCGGAAGAAGGAAGACGCAAAGUGGAAGAAUAAUAAUAAUAAGAGCCGUUUAAUUUGUUCACUUAUUGAGAGAUUUCCGAUUGGAGGUCGGUAUGGCGGCUUCUAGAUUCGGUUCAGGAACAGGAAACCACAACCAGUUCAGAUGUCUGGACUCGAUGCCUCCUCACUCUUCUAUGAGGACGAGCAAGGAUUACGUCAUCACCAGAAUCAACCAGCAAAUUAACACGCUCAGGGAAGGGGCGCGGAAAGAAGGAAGUCGCAGAGACAGGUUCACAUAUCCCUACCCCCGGGGCUUCUACAAACCAGAUGACUUUAUUAGCGAUGAAAUGUCAGAGCAUGGAAGCAUAGACUUUGUUGCACUGGAUGGUGAUGGCUGUCAUGGUGCUGGAUCGACCGAAAUGCAGAACUCCUCACCGGUCAGCAGGAGGAAGCAGAAAGCUAAGUUAAGGAAACGCAGACAGAAAGCUCUGAAGGCUCUAGCAAAGCAGACAGCGCAGGCCCUAAAUACCAUGCAUCAGUGUAAACCUGAGCAAGACGGGAAGAAGAGGAAAGGGUGCCCGACUACAGUCGACGAGCCAGAGAUUAAAAUGGGCAAGACUGAAUCUGCAGGAGAUUCAACAAACAAGAUGGAGGCAUCUGAGAGAUCCGCAACGCUCGUAUCUGCCUCCAACUCAGGAGCUGAAGGACAGAGUAUUGAUGCAGAACGUCACACUGAGGAGACCGGUGAGGAUUUAACUCCUGCGCCAGCCUCCAAAUCAGCAGCUGAAGGACAAAGUUGCCCGGCGGUUUCAAUAAAGCGGCAGGGCAGACAGACUCAGGCUCCUGAUGGCACACAGAAGAAGCAGGGAUCUUUCUGGAGACCAGGAAUGAAGAUCACAGCUCAGAGGAUAGCUUUUGUAUGUUCGGUGUGCAAGUUUCACUCGUUCUACAAAAAGAACAUGGAAGCUCAUCUGGAGAGCAAAUUCCACAAAGAUCACUUCCAGUUCCUGUCAGAGCACCUCUCCGAACCGACUGUGGACUUCCUGCAGCAGACAUGUUUAAGUUAUAAGCAUAAGAAGGUUGAGGAUUUCAUUAAUCAGAUACCGAAUCACCGUGAUGCCAUCUGUCAGCUGUAUGAAGAUAAGGACCUGACUCGAGACAUCAGUAUGGAGCACUUCAUGAGGAAGGCAGAAGCAGCUCACUGUCUAGCGUGUGAUGUAUACAUACCCAUGCAGCAUUACUUAAUUCAGAAUCACCUCAAGUCCCCUGAUCAUAUCAAUAACUGCAAGAUUAUGAUGGAACAGUCUAAAAAUUGGGGGCUGUCUUUUGCCCAGAGCAUCCUCAGUAACAAGUGUGUCCGCAAGAAACUGAAGCGCUACCUUAAGGACUCCAUGGUACCUGGUGGGUCUGAAGUGAAACCGGAAGUGGUGUGGUCAACAGGGCAAAGGGCAGUUCCAGAUCCAGAAGCAGACAUGAUGAUGCAAGAGGUGGAGCCGUUCUGUGAACGGACGAGCCAAGCUGAAGAGGCAGUAGGAGAUGGGAAAGACCACGAGGUGGAGCCGUUCUGUGGGCGGACGAGCCAAGAUGAAGAGGCAGUAGGAGAUGGGAAAGACCACGAGGUGGAGCCAUUGUCUAAACGGGUGGUCCCAGCUGCAGAGGCAAAAAAGAAUGGGAAGGAACAACAGGCAGAGCCAAUGUGUGAAGAGGUGGUUCCAGCUGCAGAGAAAAUAAGGAACAAGGAUGUGCGAGAGAAACCUGAAGAACGUUACCUGACGGAAUUGCUUUUCGACUUGCUGGAUGAAGAGGAAGACGUGGAAGGAGUGGAGUUGGGGGAGGAAGAACUGGGAGAGGAUGACUACACUUUGUAGUCAAAGUGUAAAAACUUUGACCUCUGUGACCCUUUAUUAGUCACUUAACAAUUCUUUACAGAUUCUGUUGCCUGGAUCAAGUCAAACUCCUGGAUCUUAUGGGAGUUUAACAGACAUUAUGUAUGUUUGUGACAUUUAGGAAUUUAGCACAAAGCAAUUUUUCUUUUCUCUGUACAUGUACACUGUUUUCCACCUACACAGUGCUGCUGUCAAAUCUGGAAACUUUCAGCACUUUACCACCGUGAAACCAGCAGGUUGUGCUAGACAUACACUGGGCUUAUUAUUAUUAUUAUUAUUAUUAUUUAUUUAUUUUUUUUUUUUUUUAUACGGUUCAACAUUAUAACACAGUUUUUCUGUUUUGAUUCCUUCAUGAUUCUGAAGGAAUCAUGUUGAAAUUGUAAAAUAUGUUCUUAAUGCCAAAAAUACUGCUUGUAAACUCCUCCAUUAUUGUUAUUUUUGUGCUGUUCAUCAGUAAAUUCAUUCAACUGAAUAUGUAAUAGUUUGGCUCGCAAACCAGUAGAAACAUGCCCUCGUUUUCCUCUGUAUGACUGAACAAAGACAACUGUAGCUCUAUCUAGAACCCGGGUUGCUGUUUUCCUCACUAAUAAGCCAGCUGUUGAUAAGCCAGUCUGCUGUAUAUUGUGGUUUUCGUUCACCCGUUUUAUGAGAAUUUAUUUUGUUUUUCAUUAAAUGUAAUCAGAAUUGAACUUAAUCAGAAACACAAGAAAUUCAAACAGAAACACCUGACUUGCACCUGAUGCAUGAGGGUUGUAGUAUGAAUGAAUAGAUGUGAUAAAGUGGGAUAAAAAGAGUGUCUAUAGUAGACCUAUAUAAUAAUUUCUGAAUUAUUUUAAAGCAAUAUCCACAAAUUAUACUUGAUUAAAUUCAUGCAUAAAUAAAAUUGUACUGAUUUACAAUGAAAAUUAGUGACUACUGAAUUUCUGCUCUCUGUUGUGACCCUUUAUGUCUGUGGAGGAAUCACGGUAGACCCUAACCCUAACCCAUGUGUUUCGAAGACUUAAUUUCUUUACUGAAAACAAUCAUAAGAACAUAGAAAAAUUAAGAAAGAAACGGGAUACCCUAUAAUUGCUGAACGCAAUUCCAAAACUGUGUCCCUUCCCUCCAUAACAGGCCACUCCCCUUCACCUGUCCUCUGCCUUUAUAAAACACAUAGGCAUGAUCAGUCAAGCCCACGUAAUCACAUUAUUACGGGAAACAUAAAAAAAUGUUACAUAAACACAUAAAUAUAAAUAUUUUAAUAAAAAUUGCAUAGGUUCCUACAGUGUAAAAGUUUGCCCACUGCUUCAAUGGUUAUUGUAGCAAGUGAAGACAUUGGGCCAGUAAGCAGUAAGACAAAAUUGGCCUCUAGGUGGCACUACAGUGUUUUAUAGGUCACAGCCCAGCUUUGGUAAAGGUUUAUUUAAAGAUAAAGGUAGAUAAAGGUUUAUCUGCAUAAGACAGGACCUUCCUUAAUUUGGAUUUUAUGUUACAGAAAACAGAAAUAUUUGACAAAUACCAAGAUGUGCUGUUUACAGAAGUUUAUUUCCGUGAUGCAAUAAACAUAGUGUAGAAUAAAUUGUUGUCUGUUUUCUC